AUGGCUUACAAUCAGGAGUUUCUGUCGCAAAUUAAGGAUCAGAUCAAAAAUAAGCUAAUUGAAUUGGAUGCAUUCGGUGAUGAGGAACUCCCUGAUUACAUAACUGUUAUGGUCGCCAACAAGAAGAAGAGAAGCAGCAUGAAAAAGGAUUUACAGCUCUUCUUGGGUGAUGAUACAGAUCACUUCACAGAAUGGCUUCACGAUUUGCUCAGUUCUAAGUCACAGGACGUGGUUAAAAAGGAUAAAUCCAGAAAAUCGUCAAGCUCAGAUACGUCGGGAGUGAAGUUAUCCCGUUCGCCCUUGAGAUCUCGGAAGCCGCCUUUAGAUGUUCAGUUAGAGGAGGAUGUUUUAAAUUUUCAAACUGAAGAAAACGAAUUUAGGGAUGAAUUAGCAGCGGAAAGUAAACCUGAGUUUGAACUGAAAGAACAAAGACGUGUUGUGGCUACUUCAAGCUUGAAGGAUAAUGGUUCGCGAAGAUCAUCAGAUGAAACGCCUGUGGUUCGUUCUGUUGUCAAGGUUUCAAAUAAGAAAUCCAGUUCUAUUAAGUCUUUUGAUAGUUCUGUAAAACCAAAUCUACCAAUUGUUGGUGGAAAGUUAUUAAAACAAGCAAUGGAAGAUGUAAAAAAUAAUGCGAUUCAAAGUAAGGAAAGACUGGCAUCUAAGCGAAAAAUCAAAAUGUCGCCGGACAUAAAAGAGAUUGUUACGCCCUCCCAGACUACUAGCUCAUUGGACUCUGAUGAAUCAGAAGUCCCAAAGAAAAUGACAAAGUUCGUAGUUACUAUGAAUGACGAAGCCCUGGUGGGAUUAAAACCUAGUGUUAAAUCGCGUCUAGGUCCCCGGGUUGUCACUCAUGGUAACUUGGACACUUCUGCAGAGAUACUUGACGCUAGAUCUAUUUUGCUCGCAAGAAAAAUGGUAAAUGAGGAAAGCGAAGAUAUAUCCGGUAAAUUUGUUGACGAAAGUGUGCCAGAUGCUAAAAAGGCAGACCGUAAUAGCGUUCCGAGCACACUUCAGCGUUGCAAAUAUUGGCCAAAUUGUCGUAAUCAAGACAACUGUGAAUUUUUUCACCCCAAAGAGGAUUGUAAAUCGUUCCCAAACUGCAGAUACGGCACCCGCUGUCUCUACAUUCAUCCCCCCUGUCGCUAUGGCUCUCAAUGUUCUCGCCUCGAUUGUGCCUUCACUCAUCCUUCGAAACAAACCGAUACAGUUUCUACCCCGCCGACCCCAAAAAUUAUCUGUCGCUACUAUCCCCAUUGUAAAAUGCCACCGGGAACCUGUCCCUAUUUCCAUCCUUCUUCAAUGCCACUCUGUCGGUUCGGCCCUAGCUGUUUAAAUCGUGCCACAUGUCCAUUUGUUCACACAACACCCAUUAAUAUACCUACUGCUAACAAGCUCAAGUGGGUUGCUCCGGGAAAGUCCUCUGGUAAUCGUAACUCGACCGAUCUCUCAGGAGUGUCGGGCGCUUCUACUAGUACCAAUGAAUCUACUGGAUCAGGUAAUAAAAAUUCUUCAAAUGAUGACGAGUUGGAUUCUGUGAAUUCGAAUACUCCAUCAAACUCUGACAACAUUCUUAAGGGCAUUGUGGCCGCACGAAUCAAAGCUCUUUAUGCGCAGAAAAUGAAUUCCUCCUAUAAAUCAGUAAAUUUUAAGGAAGAAUUGGAAGCAGCUCGUGCGAUGCCCCGCGACUCGAUUGAUGCAAUACAGGGUUCGAACUAUGAACGUCCGGAUUUUAGAUCUGAUAUCGCACUGAGAAACAUGCCAGCUUAUCGAGAAGAGAAAGAUGACAAAGAGGUGCCUUUGAAAAGAUCGUCGAAAACUUCUGUACAUGUUUCCAAAUCGUGUGGCGCGCAAGUAAAUGAAAUGAACGUCAACACAACAACUGUAUCUUCUUCAACAGAACACUUUGACAUUGACACCGAUGGGCGCUAUGAUUUCAUAGGAAUUUGUGUAUUCAAAUUCGAAAAAGCUUUGGAUGAUGAAAUUACCAUUCGACCGGGUGAUCGUUUAACGAAUAUUUGCAAAUUCGACGACGAAUGGCUGUGGGGAACAACGAAACAGGGCAAAUCCGGCCGCUUUCCAAAGUCCUAUGUGGAGUUGUAUGAAGAUGAGUCUAACACGAAUAAAAGAAAUAAUUACUGGCGUUAUCGUGGCCGUGGGGGCUUCUGUCGUUCCUCAAAUACCUCACAUUCGACUAUAAAUCAUUCUUUUGUGGCCGAAAAUCUGCCCGUAUCACAGAAGGGGCCGACCGUCUUAGUUAAAAAACCAAAAUUUUCUCAAUUGCCUGGUUGGUUGCAUUAUUUUCCCGCUACUGUGUAUGAACCUGACAGUAAUGCUGUAAAAUACACAAAAGCUUUUAUUGAUUACAUAAAAGGUGAAUGCUGUUGUGAAGGUUCAGAAAGUCACACUUCUCCGUCUUUCAUUAAUUGGGCAGCUCUGGAGGAGAAUCCGGUUAUGAAUGUUGACUUCAGUUCUUUAAAAAAUUCACCAACGCUUGCCAAAAAGCUAGAUGCUUGGCUUCCUGAAUCAAACUCUGAAAACAAGUUUGAUUCGAAAUUGAUGAUAUUGUCGUUGGGGCUUGCAGUUCACACAGUAGCAACUGAAAAACUCUAUGGUAUCAACACAAAUCCCCUUGAUCAGAAUGGAGAGGUAAAGUUGCCGUAUAUUGCCGCUCGACUUGUGGAUCAUUUCCCUCCAACCCCUUUGCGAAGUUUACGUGCUCACCAUCUGGGCGAUCUUAUUUCAAUUCGAGCAACUGUUGCGCGACUUGGACCCAUUCGUCCAUUGUGUUGCAGGCUCUGUUUUCGUUGUGGACUGUGUGAAACUGAACAGGUCUUGGUGAUUGAAGAUGACGGAUGUUUUGCCACUCCCACGAAGUGCCCGGAAAAAGGCUGUCGCUCGAGAAUUUUCCACCCAAUUUACUCGUCACCAUCUACCUUGGUGAUUGAUACACGGACGCUUUUGAUACAAGAGUCGGAUGAGGAUGACAGUAAUCAGGAUCAGCAAUCGACAACCGGUCGAGUUCCCCGGAGCAUUACAUGCUUUGUGGAUCGAGACCUUGUGGAAAGUUGUGUUCCGGGCGACUUUGUGCACGUAUGUGGUGUGGUGAGCCUUCUUUCUUCAUCAGUGGAUGCCAGCGUUGGGAGCGGUUUAUUCUCGAAAGACAAUCGUCGACCCCUAGGCUCCACAUACGAGGUGGCGGCUGGGGGUAAAGGAGGCAAUGUCUUCAACCUCUGUCUAAGGGUGAAUAACCUUACUAGAAUAUUCAACCGCGCUGGAGAAGAUGGUGAUUGCAAUAAGGUGGGAAUCCAAUGCCUCACUACUCGUCGACAAGAUUCCCACGUCAAUGAGAGAAUCACUGAGGUCAAUGUAAGCGAACUCAAUGAGGUUCAAAGUGGAGAUACGCAUUUCUCACUAAAUGAUCUCUAUGCAAUUCGAGGAAUAGCAGAGGAGUCGAAUCUCUUCAAUCUUCUUAUCGCUUCCUUCUGUCCGUCAAUUUGUGGACGUGAACUUGUCAAAAUGGCUAUCCUACUUGCCACCUUCGGGGCAUCAACGAACUCCUGGUCUCUACUUAAUCCAAAUUCUCACAAAGUUAGGGAGAAAUCUCCUGAUUUAUCGAUUUCUUCUGAGGAAGAGGAGCAGGAAAACGAGGCUAUGAUGACUUCAAACGAGGAAAUUUCCGUUCGAAGGUGCUCUUCACAUGUUCUCUUUGUUGGUGAUCCGGGGAUCGGUAAGAGUCAACUUCUUCGAGCAGCGGCAUCAAUAUCUCCAAGAGCGAUUUAUGUCUGUGGAAACACCACUUCAGCGGCCGGUCUCACUGUUAGUGCAUGCCGCGAUAGUUCCUCCUUCGGCCUGGAAGCUGGAGCACUAGUUCUUGCUGAUCAGGGUAUUUGUUGUAUCGACGAGUUUGACAAGAUUUCGUGUGAUCCGGCCACUUUGUUGGAAGUACUAGAACAGCAAACUGUGUCUGUUGCUCGAGGUGGUUAUGUAUGUAAUCUUGCUGCUCGGACGUCCGUUUUAGCUGCUGCAAAUCCUGUGGUUGGACAAUAUGACCCCUCUAAAACUGUCUACGAAAAUGUCCGCAUCAACCGUUCGCUUAUAUCAAGAUUUGAUUUGAUAUUUAUUUUGCCUGAUCGACCUUCUGAGAAUCUUGAUCGGAGGCUCUCUGAACAUGUUCUGGCGCUUCAUAUGGGUCGUCAAAUAAAGCGCGAGAGUUUUGAGACCUCUACGUCCUUUUCAUCAACUCUAAAGGAUGAAGGGGAUCCCAGUAGUCUUCCUUUGGAAUCACGUUUGCGUGUUGGCAAUAGCAAUCAAAAGUUGGUGCCAGGUCAUCUACUUCGCAAGUACAUUGCAUACGCCAAGGCCUAUGUUCAUCCGAAAAUGACUCCGGAAGCCGCUCAGUUUAUUCACCAAUUUUAUCUCAAUUUGCGCAAGCGUCGAAAAGAGCAGAGAGAUCUGUUCCAGGUAACCAUUCGGCAGUUGGAGUCCUUAAUUCGAUUGUCAUCAGCUCGAGCCCGUGCUGAGUUAAGGGAGGAGAUUACAAAAGAGGAUGCUCAAGAUGUGUGCGAUUUGAUGAUGGAAACUGGAUACGGAACGUCACUGUCAUUUUCAAGUCCCAGUGCUCCGCCAAUUAAGAAACGCAAAAACGCUUCUUCCACUGGGGUAUCGGCGACUAAACGUCUUCUUGCUGCUCUACAGCGCGAAGCGGGUAAAUCAGGCGGAAGCCGCAAUUUCACUACUCAGGAGAUUGCUGGAAUCGCAGCACAGAUUGGGCUAUCUGGAGACGAUAGCAUUCUCUACCAACGUUGUACCCCCGGAGGGACAUUGAGCAUUCUAAUUGACAAUUUGAACCAUAUUGGAGCUCUUCUGAAGCGUGGAUCAGACCUUUAUAGUCUAACUUGA